GGAACCGAUUUAUUGGUGAUUUUUUUUCAAAGAAUUAAUUUUAAACUCACACAUCAAUGGAUAAUUUUUUUCUUAUUGAAUGAAAAAUCAGACAAUAAUCGUUUGAAGAAAAACAAAAUAUCAAAGAUUUUGAAAUUUAUCGAAUAGUUCCGACAUUGGCUCCUGGAUGGCGUAGUCGAAUCUUGUUGCAUGUGAGCCGCUCGAAUUUUACGAGUUUGAGUUCAUCUUUUUCAUCAAUUGGUUAUAAUUGAGAAUAUAUAUGUCAUCAGAAUAAUAAUUUCAUUUCCGGCCUUCAAUUUCAUCAUUUAAUAAUAAUGUCAAACAAACGUGGCAAUAAAAAACAUAUGGCUCCAUUGAGUCAGGAUCUUUUUGCUCUUGGUGCCACUACAUCUGCACCAACAAGUCAGGUAAAAUUACCGGCUAAACGAAAUGAACCAUUUCAAGCUCCAAUAUCAUCAAUGUCACCAAAACGACCGAAAUUAAAUUCACCGAUAUCACAAUCAAUGAUUGGAUCGUCAUCAUCGUUGGUUCAACCAUCGCAACAGGUUCAACCUGCAUCACAGCAAUCAAAACUUCGAUCAUGGGAAGAGAAAGCCAUUAUCGUACCGACAACCGAAUUGAAAGAUAAAAUCUUACAAUAUGAUAGUGAAUCCGAUUCCGAAGAAAUGAUCGAACGUUUAUUAUGUGGUGCAGUGAAACAAUUACGUGAACAGAAAACAAAACCAGAUUCUUGUUUGGUUUUUACAUUGCUUUAUCUGGCCAAAAUACGGCCAUUAUUUUUCUGUUCAAACAUUAUUGUCGAAGCAUUCGCAUCAUUAUUAAGUCGUGAACAUUUGUUUUAUUUCAAAACAAAAAACAAUAUGGUUCCAGUAUUACUUAUAAAUCUAUUUUAUCAUGCAUUUCAUGAUGAAAAUUCAUGGCCCGAAUUAUUCAUCCGAUUAUAUGUUGAAGAUUCACUUGGUGAUCGAAUCUGGGUAGAUAAUGAAGAAUGUAAAGAUUUUGUUGAAAUAAUUGUUGCAUCAUUUCGUACGAAACUGCCGCCUAAAUCAUUGCUACAAACAUCAGAUGUUUUGAAUAUAACAACCAAACAUCAGAUGGAAUCAUCACCAAAUCUUACACUUAGUGGUUCAUCAUCCAUUGGUGGUGAAGAUAGUGUUGGAGAAGAAUCAUGUUCAUCAACAACGUCAUUAUUUUGUGAACAAAAUCGUGAUAUUGGUCAACAACCAAUAACAUCCAGAUAUUUGGAUAAUGAACCAGAAAUUAUUCAAUAUGUUGUCGAAGUUAUCAAUGAAAAUCUUUUACGACGACAAACCAUUAGUGAUGUUAGCCGUAAUAUGCUUAAAUUAUUGAUAGCAACAGCUGGUUUACGAAAUGUUCGUUUAUUGGUUGCACAAAAAUUAGAGUUAUGGUUUCAGAAUCCAAAACUUACAAGACCAGCACAAGAUCUUCUAUUAACGAUAUUCUUGAAUUGUGAUGAUAAAGAUAUUGAUACAUUGAAUCAUUUGUUGAAAAUUCGUUUGAAACAAAAACCAUAUAUUAGUCAUUUUUGUGUUUGUUUCAAAGAAUUACUACAACAAAAGAAUGGUACAUUCGAUAUUGUUAUGCGAAUAUUGCUCACCAACGAAUUGAAUGGUAUUCGUAAUUUAAACAACAUACAAAUGUUAUCCAUUAUGUUUCAACAUAAUUCAUUGGAUGCUGCGAAAAUUUUGGCCAAAUUUUUCAUAUCAACAAUUUUCACCAAAGAAGAUCAUCUCCGAUUAUUACGUUCAUUACUUCGUGAAAUUGUUCGAUCACUGAAAUCUGAGCCGAUAAAUUAUUAUUGUUUUGUUUCUACAUUGAUCUAUGAAUUUCGUCGUGUUAUGUUGGACAACAACAUAAAAUUUGAUUAUUCACGUGAAAAAGUGAUCAAUGAAGUUGUCGAUAUUAUAACGAUGACGAUAUUUUUAUCGGUCAAUCAAAAUAUUCGUGAAUCAUUUGCACGGCCUGAACGAAAAGAAAUUAUGCGUGCAUUUCAGAUGAACAUUACACUUGUACAAAGUGAAACGAUUGCAUGGAUCAAAGAGAUUACAUAUAAUAAACUUGGUCUUGAAGAUAAAGAAUCGUUGCUACGAAUUUUGCGUAAAUUAUUAAUACUCGAACCUAUGGAUUUCUAUUGUAAACUUGAUAAUUGGCCACAAGAAACUGAACGUCUUAACAUUUAUCGUAUAACCAGUGAAGGGAUCCCAUUGGCCGAAGAAUCGGUAAAAAAUAUCCUGUCAAUGGGUUUUCAUCCUGAAGUUUCCCUUUCACUACAAGAUGGUUUCGAACUAAUAUGGACAUUAAUACAUCAUGCAACCAUGAAUUUUGAUGGCGAUAUGAAUCAUCCGGUAUUAUUGUUUACCGAUCCGAAAAUUAUCGACCUGUUAUUCAGUUGUUGUGAAUACGUAUGUCCGGAUAAUGCUCCAUUGCCGGAAAAUUAUCAGCCACCUAAAUUGGCUCGUGUCGAUCUUUAUUGGAAAGUUUGGUUCAUGCUUGUUAUUAUUGCUGCUCAUCUACCAUCGACAUUUGGCAAAUCAGCAUGGAAUGCAUUUCCAACAUUUCAAACUUUAAUCGAAAUGGCCAUUACAAAUUGUUUUCAAUUUCCACCCAAAAGUAUGGACAAUGAUGAAAUGCAAAACAAGAUCCUACAAUAUAAUCAAUUUGAAAAGAUGAAAAUUCUUGAAUUCGAAUCAUAUUUGGCACGUGAUCAAGAGAUAAAUGAAUCAAAUAGUUAUCUGAUUUCAUCGUUAAUAACAUUGGAUCCAUGUUCAAUACCACGACGGCCACCAAAUCCAAUAUUGAAUGAUUAUAAAUUAUUAUGUACAAACAAUACAAAUUAUCGUCUAUGUCAUUUGCUAUGUCAAAGUCGUGAACCAGAUUUUCUAUUGAUAAUCAUCGAUAAACAACAGAAUCAUAUUUCAUCAAAUUCAUCACAAUUUUAUCAUUCAUCAUUAAAUUGGUUAAUUGAUCUAGUAGAAUCAUAUGAAAGUAAUUAUGGUCUACUACCUGUUCAAUGUUUAUGCGAAUUUAUAUUGAAACAGGUUGCCGAAGAAGCACAUUUACAAUCGGCAAACACUACUGCCGAUAUAAGUAAAUUGGAAAAAGCCAAAAAAGAAAAACGACGAAAAUUGAUUCGUUUGAUUGCCUAUUUUCAGGAUGAUAUUGUUCAAGCAGCAAAUUCAGGAAAAUUAAGUAAUGCAUUCGAAUAUCUAAUUCAUCAUUUAAGCCAUCCACGUUCUACGACACGAAUGUUGGCCUAUAAAGCAUUAUAUGUAAUUGCAUCGAUUAAUGUGGGAAAAUAUCUACAAAUGUUGGAUGAUAAUUUAAUACCUUCAUUGUUUGCCAAUGAAUCCGUUGAUUGGUUUCGUACGAAUUUGAUAAAAUUUCUAAAAUCUGAUCUACAAAUUCAAGCCAUGUGUACUGCAUUGAAUGCUGCAUUAUCGGAAGAAUCGAAUACAUCGCUUAUCUGUGAUUAUUUGGAAUUUAUUGCUGAAUAUGUUAAGAAUCCAGAUGAAAUGCUUGUUCAAAAAUGUUCAUCAUUAUUGAUACAACGAAAAAAAAUUGCCAUGCAUAUCGUUAAAUAUUCUGAUCAUAAAUUCAAACAAAGAUUUCUUCAUUCUCUAUUUAAAAUCUAUUGGCUUUAUUUGGAAUCAUUAAUGGCCACGAAUAAAAUCGUUCGUCCUAUGGAAGGAAAGAAAUAUGUUUAUCUAAAAUUCCCCAAUAUUGGUCAACGAAUUAUGAUCGAUUCUGGAUUGAUACAUUCAAUAAUUUUAUCAUUAUCAUUUGUUGAUGAUGAUUUUGAAUUUUCCGAUUAUUAUGAUAAUCUUGCACAACAUUUUUUGGAUGAACCAUAUCCACAAAUAUUCACCGAUGUCGAAAUGAAACAACCGGAAUCGCUUAUACCAGAUUGGCUUAUAUCACGUCUUUUAUCAACUGAAUCGACGAAAAUUGUUGCACUUUUGUUUGAAAAUGUAAAAAUUGAAAACAUCAUUCCUUAUAUGAAUUCAUAUGGUAUAUCGACCAUUGUUUUACAAACAGCAUUGCAAGCAUUUGAUAAACUGACUGCAGCUGAAUCAAAAAUAAUCAAAAAUUUAAAUUUUGAUCGACCCAAACUGUUGGCUUCAUUUCAUGUUUUUUGGAGUAAAAAUAUUACUGCUGGAUUUAAAUUUGCCAAAAUUCAUUUGAAUUAUAAAGCUGGCAAUGAUGAUACUGAAGAUGUUGAAAUGAAUGAAUUGCCCAAAAAACGUGAUGAUCAAAAAUCAUCACAAGAAUCGUCAUUUCGUUCAGAAACAUUUCGUAAAGAUGAUGUGAUUAAAAUGUUUGUGGAUAAAGAUUUCAAACGGCUAACAUUUCUUACACGACAAAUUGCUGCCGAACUUAAUGAUUCGUCCGUGAAAACGAAAAAAUUGACUAAACAAUUUUUGUCCGAAUUUUUCAAUUCAAUCGAAGAUAUAACCGACAAUAUAAUCAGCGGUACAUUUAAUUCCAUUUUCAAUGUGAUUAUCAUUUCUGCGGUUAAAGAUAGUAAACAUUUUGGAUUGAAUUCUGAAUUGACGAAUAUUAAAAAAGAAUUAUCAUCACUUGAUGUGGAAAAUAUUGAAUCAACAAUGUUGUGGAAAUGUUUUGAUCGUUUCCUACAUAAAGAUGGUACAAAAACGAAAAAAUCAAAAUUACAAAAGAAAAAAGUUUCAUCAUCAUCGUCAUCGUCAAAAACAUGGACCAAAGCAUUGGAAGAAUUUCUAAAUAAAAAAGAUCAAAUAAAAGCACAAACAUCGGAAAAAUGGAUUGACAUCUAUAUGGAUUUAGCUUAUGAUAAAUUUUAUCGAAAAGAUAUUGAUUCUGAAAAUUUUGGUCCCCAUUUACAAACGACCAUUUUCUCACGUAAUCGUCCAUAUUUUCUUUCACAAUUGUUACAUAAAUCAAAUUUUUCCACCCUUAAUGAUUGUAUACGAUUCAUAUUGAAUCCAGAUUUAUGUUUAAAUCCAACAGCUGUAUUGGAUUUCCUUGGUAUUUGUAUUGAAUUACCAAAAUUAUGGAUUGGUCGUGAAAAUGAUUCACAAAAAGUGCAGAAACAUGAAGAUGUACUCGAUUUGAAUGGCAAACAAAUUCACUGUCUUAUUGAUUAUGUUCUACAAGAGAAUGCCAUAUCGAAUCGUAUCGAUUUAAUUAUGCGUACUUGUUGUAUUACCACAUACAAAACUGAAAUGGUCAUUCAUUUUCUCAAAAAUUUUCAACAAGAAUCAAAAGAAUCUAUACGAAAUGAAUUGUUCACUAGAAUUUAUCUACAGAUACCUAGCAUAGGAUUAGAGUUGAAAUUAUCUGAUGAUCAUGUUUGCAUGUUGCAAAAAUUGCCAAGUUUUAUGGAUAAAAUCACUCAUAAUCUAAUCACAUCAUUCAUGUAUGUCGAAACCAAUGGAUCAACAUUAUCGAUAUCAUCACCACAACAAUUUAUUUAUUGGGGUGAUGCAUUGUUAAAAAUUGCCUCGGAACAUCCAUUAUUAUUUUUGCGUCAAUUACCAAUGAUACCAGCAAUGCUUCGUGGUAAAGUUAAUGUUGUUCAUUAUGAUAUAUUCAAAAGUUUGAAUAUAUUGAAAAUAUUCACCAAAUUAUUGAACAUUCUAAAUCUUUUACGUCCAUGGUUAUGGAAUCAUAAUGUUAAUGGUGUAGAACAAUUAUUAAAUCUUUAUAUGGAUAUGUUUCUAUCAUAUUAUCAGCUACCACGACAACAAGAUUCAAAUCAUGAACUACAGCCAUUAAUAUUACAAUUUUUGCAUCUACUAGAUGAUUGGAAUAAAAAUGAUUCCGAAUCAUGUAGUCAUUGGAUUCAAUUGCAUAAAAAUGAUCUUAACGAAUUAUGCACAGCAUAUCCAAAUGAAAAAAAUUUUUUCGAAUCAAUCAUGUCCGGUGUACCGUUACCAAAUGAAACAGAAUUAAUCAUUGCUAGCCAAGAUUAUCGUUCAUUAGAAAUGAAAUUAAAACAAUCUAAUCGAUUAUCAAAUGAAAUUAUAGCAACAACAUUGAGUGAUGUAAAUCGAUUUGUUGAUAGAUAUCCAUUAUUGGGUGAAAAUUUUCUGAAUUCCAUACAAUCAUAUUAUUCGAAUCCAUAUUUUUGUGAAUUAUCAUUCACAAUUACAUUGAAAACAUUACAAACAAAUCCAUCUACAGUGCGAACAAUCAUAUCAUCAUUUGUUAAAUGUUUACACAAUGAAUCGGCUACCGUUGUUAAAAAUGCAAUGGUAAUAAUACCAGAAUUUGUUUUAUUGGCUCAAGAUUAUCGUUAUACAUUGUUACGGAAAGUUUUCGAUUUAGCAAUUAGUGGUGAUUCCAAUGCAACUUUAGCACUUAUUGAAAGUUUUCGUGCCUUAAAUUCACAGAUUGGCUGUUGAAAUG